AAAUGAAGUCAGUGUGCCCUUGUGCACCAAUUAUCACCACACACCUCUUCUGUAAUGCCCAUUUCCACUUUCUCUAUCUAAAUUCACCACUAUUAGCAGUGAAGACACAUCCAACUAGUAGUAGUAGUAAUAGUUUUUGUUUCUUGGAUUCUUGUUGUGUUGAUUCAUUUUUAUAUAUACUUUACACUUUUUCAAGUUCUCAUCUUUUUUUCAUUUCUUACUUAGUUUCUUUAGGUAUCUAUCCUUAAUGGCUCUUUCAGCAUUCUCUUUGUUUCCCACUCAUUUAUCAUCAAAAACACUAUCUUUAGACUCUUCACAUAAACAAGAUUCUUUAUUAACUCAUUUGUUUUGGGGAGUAGAUCUGAAAGACCAACACCCCCAGCUUCAGGUAAAGAAGAAGCCAUGUGGGGUUUGGGCAUCACUAACAGAAAGUGGAGAGUAUUUUUCACAAAGACCACCAACUCCUUUAUUGGAUACAAUCAAUUAUCCAAUUCAUAUGAAGAACUUAUCUGUUAAGGAAUUGAAACAACUGGCUGAUGAACUUCGCUCCGAUGUUAUCUUCAAUGUUUCUAAGACCGGAGGUCAUCUUGGUUCGAGCCUUGGCGUGGUUGAGCUUACUGUGGCUCUUCAUUAUGUCUUUAAUACUCCACAAGAUAAGAUACUAUGGGACGUUGGUCACCAGUCUUAUCCUCAUAAAAUUCUUACUGGGAGAAGAGAUAAAAUGUCAACGAUGAGACAAACAAAUGGAUUAUCGGGAUUCACUAAACGUGCUGAGAGUGAAUAUGAUUCCUUUGGCACUGGUCACAGCUCUACCAGUAUCUCGGCCGCUUUGGGAAUGGCUGUGGGAAGAGACUUGAAGGGAAAAGAUAACAAUGUCAUCGCCGUUAUUGGUGAUGGUGCCAUGACAGCAGGGCAAGCUUACGAGGCAAUGAACAAUGCUGGAUACCUUGACUCUGAUAUGAUUGUUAUCCUCAAUGACAACAAACAAGUUUCUUUACCAACUGCAAAUCUUGACGGUCCCAUACCACCUGUAGGAGCUCUAAGUAGUGCUCUUAGUAGGCUGCAGUCCAGCAGACCCCUUAGAGAACUAAGGGAGGUGGCCAAGGGAGUCACAAAGCAGAUUGGUGGACCAAUGCAUGACCUUGCUGCAAAAGUUGAUGAGUACGCACGUGGAAUGAUUAGUGGAUCUGGUUCAUCACUCUUCGAAGAGCUUGGUCUCUAUUAUAUUGGUCCAGUGGAUGGCCAUAGCAUAGAUGAUCUUGUUGCCAUUCUCAAAGAGGUCAAGAGUACCCAUACAACAGGGCCCGUCCUCAUCCAUGUCAUAACUGAGAAAGGUCGAGGAUACCCAUAUGCAGAGAAAGCUGCUGACAAAUAUCAUGGUGUAUCAAAAUUUGAUCCAGCCACUGGAAAGCAAUCUAAGUCGAAUGCUCCAACUCAAUCGUACACAACCUAUUUUGCAGAAGCUUUGAUAGCUGAAGCAGAAGUUGACAAUAACAUUGUUGCUAUUCACGCUGCAAUGGGUGGAGGAACUGGGAUGAACCUUUUCCUUCGUCGCUUUCCUACACGGUGUUUUGAUGUGGGAAUUGCAGAGCAGCAUGCGGUUACCUUUGCUGCAGGCUUGGCUUGCGAAGGCCUAAAACCAUUCUGUGCAAUAUAUUCUUCCUUCUUACAGAGAGCUUAUGAUCAGGUGAUACAUGAUGUAGAUUUGCAGAAAUUGCCUGUGAGGUUUGCAAUGGAUAGGGCAGGGCUUGUUGGAGCUGAUGGUCCUACACAUUCUGGAUCAUUUGAUGUCACUUACAUGGCAUGCUUACCAAACAUGGUUGUGAUGGCUCCUUCAGAUGAGGCUGAACUCUUUCACAUGGUUGCUACCGCUGCUGCAAUCGAUGACCGUCCUUCUUGUUUCCGGUAUCCUAGAGGAAACGGGAUCGGUGUUGAGCUUCCUGCAGGGAACAAAGGCAUUCCACUGGAGGUGGGAAAAGGCAGAAUUUUAAUCGAGGGAGAAAGAGUAGCACUCUUAGGUUAUGGAUCAGCAGUUCAAAGCUGUGUUGCUGCAGCUUCUUUACUAGAAGCCCAUGGCUUGAGGUUAACAGUUGCGGAUGCACGAUUCUGCAAACCACUUGAUCAAGCCCUUGUACGUAAACUAGCUAAAUCACAUGAGAUAGUUGUCACGGUCGAAGAGGGAUCUAUAGGGGGAUUCGGUUCUCAUGUUGCUCAGUUCAUGGCCCUCGAUGGUCUUCUUGAUGGCACAACCAAGUGGAGACCAUUGGUUCUUCCUGAUCGUUACAUCGAGCAUGGAUCACCUGCCGAUCAAAUGGUUGAUGCUGGCUUGACCCCAUCUCACAUUGCAGCAACUGUUUUUAACAUUCUUGGACGAACAAGAGAAGCUCUCGAGGUCAUGUCAUAGUCAAAUAUUGCAAAUAAAAUUAUGGGGAGUUUUCUCCCUCACAGUGUAAAAAGGAAAUUUGUUGUAAGAGUUGAGCUUUCCAUAGGCCAUAAAUAGAAUAGGUCUAAAUAUCAUAGUUAACUAAUAACAAGAAAGAAUAGGAACCAACAAGCCAUAAGUUUCACUCUGAUCAUCCAAUAAUUUGACAUAAAGAAACACUUUAGAUGAAUCAAAUCAUCCUAUUUCAAAUUUUCAGCGGUA